GCCUACUUCACUAUUUCCCUUCACACACUCUUUUUUCCUUUUAUUUUCUCCAUUUUCCCCAAAAUGGGAACAAUGGAAGUUGAAGCUCCCAUAACCAAAUUACAACAAAAAGAGGAAGAAAUAAACGAAGAUGAGCUUUCUCCAAUUGAAGAAGUCCGAUUAACCGUACCCAACACCGAUGACCCGACCCUACCCGUAUGGACUUUCCGAAUGUGGAUCCUCGGUGUAUUCUCUUGCGUUCUUCUCUCUUUUCUCAAUCAAUUUUUCUCUUACAGAAAAGAACCCCUAAUUAUUACUCAAAUUACAGUUCAAGUUGCUACUCUACCCAUUGGACGAUUCAUGGCAGCUGUAUUACCCACUACUAAAUUUCGGAUCCUCGGGUUCGGGUCAAGAGAGUUUUCGCUGAACCCGGGUCCGUUUAACAUGAAGGAGCAUGUGCUUAUUACAAUUUUUGCAAAUGCUGGGUUUGCUUUUGGAAAUGGAUCUGCUUAUGCUGUUGGAAUUGUGAAUAUUAUUAAGGCUUUCUAUCACAGGAACAUUUCUUUUGCUGCUAGUUGGCUUCUCAUCAUUACUACACAGGUAUUGGGCUACGGUUGGGCUGGGCUUUUAAGGAAAUACGUAGUUGAACCGGCACAUAUGUGGUGGCCCAGUACACUUGUUCAGAUCUCCCUUUUCCGUGCAUUGCAUGAAAAAGAGGAUGACGAUGACAAUGAAAUUGUGAAUGCCAAUGGAAACAAACGGCCAAUGUCGCGUGCAAAGUUCUUUGUUAUAGCACUUGUAUGCAGCUUUUCAUGGUACAUAUUCCCCGGUUAUCUCUUCCAAGCUUUAUCAAGUAUUUCAUGGGUGUGCUGGGCAUAUCCAAAAUCUGUCACUGCUCAACAGAUUGGAUCAGGUCUGAAUGGCCUUGGAAUCGGGGCGUUCACGUUAGACUGGGCUACUGUAGCUUCAUUCUUGUUCAGUCCUCUUAUUUUUCCAUUCUUUGCAAUAGUCAAUGUCUUUGUUGGCUAUGCCUUGAUAUUGUAUGUUGUGAUUCCUAUAUCCUAUUGGGGGUUCAACGUCUACAAUGCCAAAAAUUUUCCUCUAUAUUCCUCGGACUUGUUCACUGCACAAGGUCAGGAGUAUAACAUAUCACUUAUUGUGAAUAACCAGUUUAAGCUGGAUGAAGCCGAGUAUGAUAAGCAAGGGAGAAUAAACCUGAGCCUUUUCUUUACUCUUACUUAUGGAUUUGGAUUUGCCACCAUUGCUUCUACUCUUACUCAUGUCGGCUUGUUUUAUGGAAGAGAGAUUUACCAACGCUUUCGAGCUUCCUCAGUGGGAAAGGUUGAUGUCCACACGAGGCUGAUGAGAAGAUACAAAGACAUACCUUCGUGGUGGUUUUACUUGCUUCUCCUCAUGACAACUCUGGUGUCGCUUGCCCUUUGCAUCUUCCUGAAGAGCCAAGUUCAGCUGCCUUUCUGGGGACUCCUCCUCGCAGCUGGACUUGCUUUUAUAUUCACGCUUCCCAUCAGUAUCAUUACUGCAACCACAAAUCAGACUCCAGGACUAAACAUAAUCACCGAGUACAUCAUGGGGACUAUUUAUCCUGGAAGACCUAUCGCUAAUGUGUGCUUCAAGACCUAUGGCUAUAUGAGCAUGACUCAAGCAAUCUCCUUUCUCAGUGAUUUCAAGCUUGGUCAUUAUAUGAAGAUACCUCCACGUUCCAUGUUUUUAGUCCAGUUUGUUGGAACCAUAAUUGCAGGAACCGUUAACCUGACCGUUGCAUGGUGGCUCUUGGGUUCUAUUGACAACAUAUGUCACCAAGAUAAAUUUUCCAACAGCCCUUGGACUUGCCCCGGUGAUCACGUCUUCUUUGAUGCAUCAGUCAUUUGGGGUCUCGUGAGUCCUAAGCGAAUUUUUGGCCAUCUUGGAAAUUACUCAGCACUGAACUGGUUCUUUCUUGGCGGAUUGCUUGGACCAGUUUUAGUGUGGUUACUACAUAAGUCAUUUCCGAAACAAACGUGGAUUCCCCUCAUCAACCUCCCUGUGCUGCUUGGAGCAACAGCUUAUAUGCCACCAGCAACUGCACUCAACUACAAUUCUUGGAUUUUGGUGGGGACGAUUUUCAACUUUUUUGUUUUCAGGUACAGGAAGAAAUGGUGGCAGAGGUACAACUAUAUCCUUUCUGCAGCUUUAGAUGCUGGAGUUGCCUUUAUGGCUGUGUUGCUCUACUUUACUGUGGGGAUGGAGGAUAGAAGCAUAAAUUGGUGGGGAAAUAGUGACCCUGAGCAUUGUGAUUUAGCAACUUGUCCUACAGCAAAGGGCAUAACUAUAAAUGGUUGUCCAACUUUUUAGUUUCUUAAUGUUUUUUCUUUGCUAAUUCUACCUACUUUGAUUUACACAAUGUAGGAAAAUUUCCCUGUGAAAUCGACAAAGAAACGCGAAGCAUAUAGCUUAAUUGUUGAAUUCUCAAGUAUGAACUUGUAUAUAACUUUUCAUUCUUGUAUGUUGAAUUAUAUUAAUCAAUCUGAAGUUAUACAGAUUGGGAAGAAAAGUUCUACUACAUUUUUAUUUCUGGA